CGGCGCUGGCGGAAGGGGCGGGGCGAAGGCGGCGGCGCUUCCGGGAGCGGCGCGGGGCGGCGGGGGACCAUGAGCUGGAUACCAUUCAAGAUCGGGCAGCCCAAGAAACAGAUUGUACCCAAGACAGUGGAGAGAGACUUUGAAAGGGAAUAUGGAAAGCUUCAGCAAUUGGAAGAUCAGACCAAAAAACUUCAGAAGGAUAUGAAGAAAAGCACAGAUGCAGACUUGGCCAUGUCCAAGUCGGCCGUCAAAAUCUCUUCGGACCUGCUGUCGAACCCCCUGUGCGAACAGGAGCCCAGCUUUCUGGAGAUGGUCACAGCCUUUGACACAGCGAUGAAGAGGAUGGACUCUUUCAACCAGGAGAAGGUGAAUCAGAUCCAAAAGACAGUCAUAGAGCCUUUGAAAAAGUUCAGCAGUGUGUUCCCCAGCCUGAACAUGGCAGUGAAGAGACGGGAGCAAACGCUGCAGGACUACAAGCGCCUGCAGUCCAAGGUGGAGAAAUACGAGGAGAAGGAGAAGACCGGCCCCGUCCUCACCAAGCUGCACCAGGCCCGUGAAGAGCUGAAACCAGUGAAGGAGGACUUUGAAGCCAAAAACAAGCAGCUCCUGGAGGAAAUGCCCAAGUUUUAUAGCAGCCGCAUUGAUUACUUCAAACCCAGCUUUGAAUCGCUGGUCCGGGCGCAGGUCGUCUACUACACAGAGAUGCACAAGAUCUUCGGGGACCUGACGGCGCAGAUCGACAGGCCCGGCUUGAGCGAUGAGCAGCGGGAGCGGGAGAACGACGCCAAGCUGAGCGAGCUGCGGGCUUUGUCCAUCGUGGCUGACGACUGAGCGCUGCGGUGGGAUGCCAGGGAUGGGGAAGGGCCAGGGGAUUUCCCCCCCCCCACUCCAGCUUGCACAGCCAGGCUACUCCCCA